UGUGCGAGGCUUGUUGCACAAGCUUCAGCUAAAGCCCAGCCACCGUACUUGCACAAGCUCUCGCAAAUCUAAUGCUGUGGUCAUUCUAAACCACUAAUAAAUUAAUAGACCUAAGAAGUUCAAAAAAGCCAGUUCAUAGUAACACUGAAGCUGUCGAGUUUUGAAUUUGAUCAUUUAACUUUGUAGGUGUCGUGGUAAGCCAAAAAACCCGUACUUUGAGUGAUGGCUGUUCGUGCACAGUUCGAGAAUAGCAACGAAAUCGGAGUUUUUGCCAAACUGACCAAUGCAUACUGUUUAGCUGCUAUCGGAGCGUCAGAAACAUUCUACAGUGUUUUUCAGGGUGAGCUUGAGGAGGUCAUGCCAGUUGUCCACACAUCGAUUGCAGGGUGUCGAAUUGUUGGCAGAUUGUGUGUGGGUAACAAAAACGGACUGCUGGUCCCCAACAGCACGACAGAUCAGGAGCUGCAGCAUUUACGGAACUCCCUGCCUGAUUCUGUUAUCAUUCAAAGGGUGGAGGAGAAGCUGUCUGCCUUGGGCAAUGUCAUCUGCUGCAAUGAUUAUGUGGCCUUGGUACAUCCCGACUUGGACAGGGAAACAGAAGAGAUCCUGGCAGACACAUUGAAGGUGGAAGUCUUCCGACAGACAGUUGCAGGAAAUGUCCUGGUUGGCAGUUACUGCGUAUUCAGUAACAGGGGCGGCCUGGUGCACCCCAAAACCAAAAUCGAGGACCAGGAUGAGCUGUCAUCUCUUCUCCAAGUUCCACUGGUGGCUGGCACAGUAAACCGGGGUAGUGAUGUGGUGGGUGGGGGAAUGGUGGUUAAUGACUGGUGUGCGUUUUGCGGUCUGGACACCACAAGCACUGAGCUGUCUGUGAUUGAAAGUGUCUUCAAGCUGAUCGAUGCCCAGCCCAGCCAUAUUGCAUCCUCGAUGAGGGAUGCACUCGUUGACAGUCUGGCGUAAAGUAGCCACCAUCUGCGAUGCCAACAACUGAAGCAACACAAACCUCCAUAAGUCCAAAUAGUGUGGACAUCCCUGGUUCUGGAGUUGAGAAAGCCUGGAGUUGAGAAAGCGUCAGAGCAAGAUUUCCAGUCCUCCGCUUGUACUACUGGUGGUGGGAAGUGGUGAUACAUGAUUUUAACAUGACACCAGUUGGACACCACCGAGAGUUUGCUGUUGGUCUGUUGUCUACUCCUUGGUCAUACUUCUGAAGGUGUGAAGGGUGUCGAAUAGAUAGUAAAUUACUGGAUUUGAACGAGUCGUGUCCAUGCACAAGUUUAUCACAAGUAAAAAUCACAAAAUAUCAGGGAGUGAAUGAUGAAGGAAUACGUUUGUCACAUUACAUUUGAAAAGCUUCCCCUUGAACCUAAAUGACUCGUGGUUGACUGGUGGAUGUUCCAUUUCAACUCUUUUGAAAGUGGUUGGAAAAAGUGUCACUUCAUGUAUUUUGCUAAAACUCUUCAGGCCAUACCCUAGAGCUAUAUAUAAAACCUAGAGCGCUGGCUCAUGUACAAAGUGAUGCCUGCUAGGAGCAUCCAUGUUUGUGCACAAA